AUUUCAUUUCUACUCCUCAUUUACGCACAGUCGAAAUUUGUCAGACUACAUUUUAUGCUUGAUGCUUUAACAAAGCGGGACAUCCUGAGCGAACAUUAUUGACGACUAUCUCCACUGCUGUGACCAAUCAGAACGCGACAUGGUGGAAACACGUGGCCAUAUAAUCAAAGAAUGGGUCCAGCCUCACGCACAAUGAAAUAUAUCCACGAAGUGCAUUUGAGUUGACUGGUAACUCUGCAGUCAUCUCUCAAAUGAUCAUGGUAUCAUUUUUCAGUCUUAAGAGUGCACAAGAAGUAGGAAGAUGGUCGUCAAAUUCAACGUGGUGCUUAUCAUCUUCGUUUGUAUUUUAAUUUCUAUCGAGGGUCGUUCGGUUAAAGAGGACAGUUUUGAUAUUGAGACCCAUAACAAGUCUGUGGUGAUGGAAGAACGAGGAUCAGGAGGGUGCACAUAUAGGAACAAGGAAUACGAACCAGGCGCAACCGUUAACAUCGCUGUGGCUCCAAAGUAUGAUCGCUGCGAUGAGUGCAAAUGCAUUAGAGGGAAAUUCAAAAAAUGCACAAAGUUAUACAGUUGUCACGUAACUAAUCAGUGUAAGAUGGAAGACUAUGUAUGGCGUCCAGAUAGUUGCUGCCCUGAAUGCAAACAAAAAGGUUGUUCCGAUGACAGAAAAGUUGGCGAAAAAUGGGAGAGGUUAGUGCGUUUGCCGGAGGGUGAGAAGGAAGGAAUCUGUUCUUUAUGCGAAUGCAGCGCAGACGGUACAGAGUUUUGUAAAGAAAAUCUUUUGUUAUGCUUCAAACCAGAAGGAUGCAUAGAGACUGAAAUGAAGCCGGAUCACUGCUGUCCUCAGUGCAAAACAUGGGCAACAGCGGUUACUACACCACCACCCAUCUUUACAAUAGAGGAAGGUACAGAAGAAUCCUCACUUCCGUUUCCAUUUGGUUUCGAUGCCAAUACGGAUCAAGACCGAUAACAACAGGUAAUGCUUUUCUUCGGCCAUUUACUAACAGGUGUGCAUGAUGUCGUGAAAAAUUUUAUUCCGCAUUUUGCGGAAGAAUCGUGAUGAUGAAUCGAGCUUAAACAAGUCACUUUUGUGAGAACUGUAUAGAAUAUGGAAAU